CAACACCGUCCUCACUCCUGAACUGGAAUGAGUCUGCACAGAUCAUCUCUACUUUUUCCUCUUCGUUGGGCAGCUACUGCCACAGUGGGUGCCGGGAGAGCUCCAUUGUGCCGACAAGUGCUGCGACGCCAACGGCUCAUGUACUCUUCCCACUCCCCCAUCUCGCCAAUAGCCGGACCCCCGCGGAAAAAGGUGACAAUAAACACGCUUCGGGGUAUGCACGCUUCCAAAACGGCCAUCGCUAUGAUGACCGCCCAUGAUUUCCCUUCCGGUCUUGUCGCUGAUGAGGGGGGUAUGGAUAUGAUCCUCGUUGGGGACUCGUUGGCUAUGGUGGCUUUGGGAAUGAAGGACACGAACCAAGUUAAACUAGACGAUAUACUGCAUCAUUGCCGCGCUGUCUCGAGGGGUGUUCGGUCCGCUUUCACGAUAGGCGAUCUGCCGAUGGGUUCAUACGAGGUUUCCCCUGAGCACGCCGUUUCCUCUUCUAUCCGGAUGAUCCAAGAUGGCCGGGUGGAGGCCGUCAAACUCGAAGGCGGCAUUGAAUUAGCCCCUACAAUAUCUAGGAUCACCUCUAUUGGCAUCCCGGUCCUUGGUCACAUAGGUCUCACCCCGCAGCGCUCACACUCCCUCGGGGGCUUCCGCGUACAAGGCAGGACUGCUGCUAGCGCUUCGAAGCUUUUCACCGACGCCCUAGCACUCCAGAAUGCCGGCUGCUUUAGUCUGGUGUUGGAAGCGGUCCCCGCCCCCGUAGCCGAGCUGAUCACGGAGAAAUUGAGGAUCCCCACUAUCGGUAUCGGCGCGGGUAAUGGGUGCUCGGGCCAGGUGCUUGUACAGAUUGAUAUGCUGGGUAACUUUCCCGAGGGUAGAUUCAUGCCAAAGUUCGUGAAGCAGUAUGCGAACGUUUUCGAGGAGAGCAAGAAGGCUAUGAAGCAGUAUCGAGAGGACGUCAGGAGUAGGGCAUACCCCGCGAAAGAACAUACAUACCCUAUCUCGCCCGAAGAACUCAAGGAGUUUGAGGAGAUUUUGAAAAAGAGAAGUGCCGAGUUUGAGGAUGAGUGACUUCUUCACCUUAGAACGUAUGAGAGUUUGACAGUACCCCCUCGUUUAUACCUGUAUCAAUUUUUAUAUUUUAUUUUGGACCAAAGGCGUUGUCCGUGUUUAUACCCCGAAGCCUUAAGGUUAAUCUACGGGAGGGUGGGCGUGUUUGAUUUUCUAAUUUUUUCGAGUAAUCAACAUACUGGUAGUUGCACGUUAGAAUGAUAGAAGGAGUACCAAGGG